AUGAAUAACACUACACUUGGUAAUACUGUACUACAUGCGAAGUCAUACAGACUUAGUAUCGAUGACAUUCAGAAUUUGGGAUCUCUGUAUUUUUCUGAAAAUAACAAGAAGAUCGAAAAAUACAAUGAGGAGAUAAAUCUGUUGAAGCAACAACUAAGCCACCUAAAUGAAAAAAUGGGAAAAUGCGGAUACGUACAUAAGGUUGUUGAUCCUGCGAAACCCCCCGAGCUUACCUUCUGGAGUUACGAACUAAAGGAAAUGAAAGAGUUUCAAGACCUUGUGAUGUACGAAGUAAAAAAGAAAAAAAAGCACUUCAAAAUUCUGAGCCACAGUUGUGUAAAAUACCUAAGUAACAGGGAAAAAAUAAAAUUGAAAAAGCAGGAAGAGGAAGAAAAGCGAUUAAAAAUUUAUUCCAAAAAUAUUUCCUCGUAUAUGGACUUGUUCUGGAAAAAAAUUGAGAAAUUAGUUUGGGAAGAGAAAAAACGAGAAUUACAAAAAACUUUAAAUAAAAAAAAAGAGAUGAGAUUUAAAAAGUUUGUAAAGGAUGCCAUUAAAAAGAUUAAACAUGCAAGACAAAAUAAUGCCCAUGAGUUAUUUGUCAAUAGACAUGCUAGUGUAAGUUCCUAUAACCCCAGUGAAAAUGUAACGUUUUCUUCACACGUAGGACGUAAUGAAGCACCUGACGAUGUAACCAAUGAUCGAAGCAGCGCAGGAAGCAAUGACACAAGCAACAAUCCAAGCAACGAUCUAAGCAACAAUCGAGGCAACAAUCGAGGCAACAAUCGAAGCAACAAUCGAAGCAACAAUCGAAGCAACAAUCUAAGCAGCUAUGCUGGUAGAGAAGAAAAUAAUAAGGGAGGAAGUUUGAACAAUUCCCCUCGGACCAGCAUUAACAAUCUCCAAGACGAUGAAUUGAAGGAAGAGGAUUUGACCAAUCAGGAAGAAGAAGAUAUUCUACUGGAUAAAGAAAUGGAAUCUAGUGAUGAAUCAGAUGAAAAGGAAAAGGAAAUCAACCUCUUGGAUGAUGAAGCGAAUAUGCCAGUUGAGGAACUGCUAAGAAAAAUUUACGGUUUUAAGAGUGGUGAGGAGUACCUCGAUUUGAUGCAACAGGAGGGAGAAGAAGGGGAAGAAAAUGGGGAAGAAAAUGGGGAAGAAAAUAAGGAAGAAAAUGGAGAAAAAAAAGUAGGGGAAGAAAAUGGUAAAAGCGAAUUCAAAAUAGAAGAAGAAGCCGAAAAGGAGAAGAACAAGGAAGGAUCGUCGGCUCCAAUAAAUUACAAGACGUGUAAGGAGGAUCUAGAGAAGGUAGACGAUAAAUCGGAGGUAAAUGAAAAGAAAAGAAAAAUGAGAGAUGAAGAGUAUCCUUUGAGGGAAGAAAGGAUCUCAAAGGAAAGUUUUUCCUGUGAUGAGCACGGAAAGAAGAGGAGGAAGAAGAGGAAGAGCAGGAGAAAGAAGAAGAGGGAAGAAUGGAGAAAAAACGAACACAAUGUGAGCAACGCAAACGGUGCAGGUAUUUCCAACGGUGCAAACGAUUUGGAGGAGGGGAAGAGUAGCGAUUCGUCUAGCUCAAGCAGCUCCAAUGAUGACAUGCUCGUGUGCAAUAUGGAGGAAAAGCACACAACCGUAAUUCCGCCAUUCAUAAAGGCAACCCUGAGGGAUUACCAGCACGCAGGGUUGCACUGGUUGUUGUAUUUAUACAAAAAUAAUAUUAAUGGAAUCUUGGCAGAUGAAAUGGGGUUAGGAAAAACACUACAGUGUAUAUCAUUGUUGAGUUAUUUGGCUUACAAUUUUAAUAUCUGGGGACCGCACUUAAUAAUAGUACCUACAUCUAUACUGAUUAAUUGGGAGAUAGAAUUCAAGAGAUUUUCUCCUUGUUUUAAAAUAUUGUCUUAUUAUGGAAAUCAGAAUGAGAGAUAUAAAAAAAGAGUUGGCUGGUUCAAUAAAGACUCAUUUCAUAUAUGUAUAUCUAGCUAUUCAACAGUUGUUAAGGAUCAUAUUAUUUUUAAAAGGAAAAGAUGGAAAUAUAUAAUUUUAGAUGAAGCUCACAAUAUAAAAAAUUUUAACACAAAAAGAUGGAAUAUAAUCCUGAGUUUGAAGAGAGAAAAUUGUCUUUUAGUCACUGGAACGCCAUUACAAAAUAGUCUGGAAGAAUUAUGGUCUCUUUUACAUUUUUUGAUGCCAAAUAUUUUUACCUCUCAUAUAGAUUUUAAAGAAUGGUUUUCAGAUCCUCUAAAUUUGGCCAUUCAGAAAAGUAAAAUAAACGAUUCUAGAGAAUUAAUAGAUAGAUUGCAUACAGUUAUACGACCUUACAUUUUAAGGAGAUUAAAAAAAAAUGUAGAAAAAGAAAUGUCCAAUAAAUAUGAACAUAUUAUUAAGUGCAAAUUAACGAGAAGACAAAAAAUUUUAUAUGAUGAAUUUAUACAUAAUAAGCAAGUACAAAAUACACUAAGUAGUGGAAAUUAUAUAGGAUUAAUGAAUAUACUUAUUCAACUUCGAAAAGUAUGUAACCAUUGUGAUUUAUUCACAAAUAAGCACAUUCAAACACCUUUUUAUUAUCUCCUCCCAAUAAACUUCUACAUUCCUCGUUUUUGCAUUCUCUUCGAUAAGACAUACCACCGUGAUUUUUACAUUAUUCUCUUUCUCCACAAUGAGUUUACUGCCAUGGGAGGUCUCGACACGCGCAGGAAUUCUGAAGUAAAGUUGGGUUUUGGCAGCGGUGCAGGUAAAGGCAGGAUCGUAAACGAUGCCUCCAGUGGCAGAAGCAGUAGUAGAAGUAAUAGCAGAAGUAAUAGCAGAAGUAAUAGCAGAAGUAAUAGCAGAAGUAAUAGCAGAACCAAUAGCAGAAGUAAUAGCAGAAGUAAUAGCAGAAGUAAUAGCAGAAGUAAUAGCAGAAGUAAUAGCAGAAGUAAUAGCAGAAGUAAUAGCAGAAGUAAUAGCAGAAGUAAUAGCAGAACCAAUAGCAGAACCAAUAGCAGAACCAAUAGCAGAAGUAAUAGCAGAACCAAUAGCAGAACCAAUAGCAGAAGUAAUAGCAGAACCAAUAGCAGAAGUAAUAGCAGAAGCAGUGACGAUGGCUGCUAUCGUCGACCCCAUGCUUUCAUAGUUGAGAAUAUCUCCCCGGAAAAAGAUACACUACGCAAUGUCGAAUUUGAGCAUACUAAAAGAGAAGGAGAUUCUACUUACCUUUCCCACCACAUGGAAAGUGAAAUCGAUAAGAAACAAAUAAGGAUAUCCCACUUGCAUUCAAGUGGCCAAGAUCCCACAUGUUCAUUCACGAAUGGAGUAGAAUCCAAAACCCUGAAAAGGAAUGGUUUUCACCAAGAUGGAAUUAACAACGAUGCGACUUGCACUCUUGUCCCUCCUGCAAUCCCGUCACAGCAUUUCCCAAACUGGAAACCUUUCCCAAUAUAUGAACGUCCUGUGACGGAUGCACAACUAGCCGGGGCAGAUGCACAACUAGCUGGGGCAGAUGCACAACUAGCUGGGGCAGAUGCACAACUAGCUGGGGCAGAUGUACAACUAGCUAUGGCGGAAGAAAACGCUCGAAUGAGAAAUGGAGAUAUUUUUGAAUCGGAACAGAAACAGGGGAACUGUUAUGACGACACAGAUGUGCGCACAGAUGCUGGCAGAGAUGCUUACACAGAUGCACGAAAUGAGGUAGGUCCCCUCAUGGGCAGUUCGUUCGAAGGUGGUAAUAUUUUUUCCCUGCACAACGCGAAUGGAAAAAGAACAAUACACUCAAAAGAGGCAGAGGCUGGGGCAGGGGAAGUGCAGUUAAAUUGUCUAUAUAAUGGAAUGAAAAAAGAAAAAAUAGAACCUGGUGAGAGUAGAAGAGAAGAACCCGUUCCAUAUAACGUGCUGUUGUAUCCCAAAACAGAUUCCAAUAAAAUAAUUCCGCAAGAUGUGCACAGGCACAUAAAAAAUGAAAUUUAUAAGAAAAAUGACCCGAUAAAUUUGUUAACAUACUCCAAUGAAUUUGUGACAGAAUUAAACAAUAACUAUGAUAUCCUGUCUCUUUACAUUGACGAAUCGCGCAAGUAUUGCAAUUAUAAUGAAUAUCUCUAUAAAACUGUUAAAGAUACACACACAAAUGGGAGUAAUAAUAAUACCUCUGUUACUGUGGAUCACAAAACAACUCAUAACAAGCAUGUAACAAACGAUAUAAUAAAUAAUGGGAGAUCGAAUUUUGUUUACAAAUACAACAUGAAAGUAAUUAAUAGUGAUACUCAAUAUGAGAAUUUCCUCUCUGGGGAGACAUAUCCAAGUUAUCUAAAUUCAAUUGAACAUAAUUUAUGGAUUAAAAGACAAAGAAUACAUGAAGAGAAAAUGAAAGAGAAAGAUGAAAAAUCGAAAGAAGCAUUUCUAAAUGAUUACAUUUCUUUGAAGAAUAAUAGAAUACCUAUUUUUGGUGUAAAUUUAUUAAGUCUUCUUAGAAAAGAAUUCAUCAAAGAUAAGUGUCUGACAUAUCAUAUGAGUAACAACAUUUCAAUUGACUAUUCCAUAAUGAAGGAGACAAGUGUAUGGAAUAUUAGCGAAGAUGGAAAACUAACUAGUGUAGAGGAAAAUACUUCCGAUACAGAAGUGAAUAAAAAUAUUGAUAGUGUAGAGAUAAGAAGAAAGAUUGGAUACCCGUGCACUCAAAUGGCAUCUGUCGAAUCUGUAAUUGAGACAUUCUUCCCAACAAUGGAGAGCUUUCUGAAGAUACACCUAAGACAAAUUCACAACUUUACAAUUAUGAAUACUCCUGCAGUUAUUAGCAGUUGUCAUAGAAUAUCAAUUAACAAUAAUCUACUACAGAAUAACAGUAAUUUAGAACCCAUAAUCGAAAGAAUCAAAUUGGCAACCAGAGUAUUUCAUGAACCUUUUCUAAAGCAGUCUAUCAUAUUUCCUCUAAACAAAGAUAUAGCAUUGGGAAGUGGAAAAUUAUUUGCAUUAGAAAAAUUAUUAAGUAAAUGUAAAAAAGAAGGAAAUAAAUGUUUAUUAUUUACACAAUUUAUAAAAAUGUUAGAUAUUUUAGAAAUUUUCCUAAACCAUUUAAAUUAUACAUUUAUAAGAUUAGACGGAUCAACUAAAGUAGAACAACGACAAAGAAUUGUAACAAGAUUUAACAAUGAUAAAUCUAUUUUCUUAUUUAUAUCCUCUACACGUAGUGGUAGUAUAGGUAUCAAUUUAAUAGCAGCUAAUAUAGUCAUUUUUUAUGAUACUGAUUGGAAUCCGUCGAUUGAUAAACAAGCGAUGGAUAGAUGUCACAGAAUCGGUCAAACGAAAGAUGUUCAUGUUUUCAGAUUUGUUUCAGAAUAUACCGUAGAAGAAAAUAUAUGGAAAAAGCAAUUACAGAAAAGAAAAUUAGAUACCAUAUGUAUAAGUAUGGGGAAUUUCAACAAUCAACAACAACCUAUUUUGAAUAAUAACCAUGGAAAAAGUAUUUCUCGCAUAUCCAAUGAUGACAAAAAUAUUACACCAAUAGCUGUUCAACCAAUAGCUGUUCAACCAAUAGCUGUUCAACCAAUAGCUGUUCCACCAAUUUCCCAUGUUAUUAAUGGAGAAUCCUUUUCGAAUAACGACACUUCAAAUAAAGAUUGGUUUGCGAAUGUGGACACCAUUAAAGAAAUUUUUAUCAAUAAAAAAAACAACGAUGAGGAUGAUGACAUCUACAAAGAUAGACUACUGCAUGAACAGGUGGAUGGAAACGAAAAAGUCAAUGUUCGUUUUGAGAAAACUCUGGAACACGUCGAGGACAAGGAUGAUGUUAAUGCUUUGCACGAGAACAAGAAGGAGACUCAGCACGCAAUUUCUCAGGAUAUACAGGUGAAUAGGCACUGUCUACACAAGUGCAUCUACCAAACUGUGCAUUUACCAAACUGUGCAUCUACCAAACUGUGCAUUUACCAAACUGUGCAUCUACCAAACUGUGCAUCUACCGAACUGUGCAUUUACCAAACUGUGCAUCUACCGAACUGUGCAUCUACCGAACUGUGCAUUUACCAAACUGUGCAUCUACCGAACUGUGCAUCUACCAAACUGUGCAUUUACCAAACUGUGCAUCUACCAAACUGUGCAUCUACCGAACUGUGCAUCUACCAAACUGUGCAUCUACCAAACUGUGCAUCUACCGAACUGUGCAUAUACCAAACUGUGCAUCUACCAAACUGUGCAUCUACCGAACUGUGCAUCUACUCACCAGUGCAUCUACUACCCCCUUAG